CAACUUCCGCUUCUUUUCCUUCACGAGUCCUUUCUGUGUUUACUGAGCGAGACAUUGUAUAAAGGUUUUCCUUGGUUAAAAGUAACGUUUGUUAACUCGCGGGUUAAGUGGCAUUUAUGGAGCAUAAUGGGGAUAAUAGAAGCUGGGGGAUGCAGCGACGAAUGGAAGGUUUGGUCAACAAACACAUGGCAGAUAUUGCCUUAGAAACACUCCAACAGCGGCUUUCGGCUGUGUCUGAUGAGAUGCACAGUCUAGCUGAGCAUGUUUCAAGACACUCAGAAGAAAUUCCAAAAGAUGACAUUACAAGACGCACGGAUGUGAACUUUGACGGCGGGUCUCUCAACGGAACGUGUAACUCAGGGGGCGUUAGUGAAAAGUUAUUGCCCGCUACAACAUCCACCGCAGAAACGGUAGCACAGCGGAAGAUCAUUGCCUUGCUGGUAGAGAUCAAGGAGGAGCAGCAACGACAGUGGGUGGUGCUGAGGGAGCUGCAGGCCCGUGUCCAGGGACAGGCCUGCAUGGAGGAGGAGGAGGUGGAGGCUCUAGAAGUGGACCUGCCCCUCAAGACAAUGGAACAACUGGAUGAGACCGAGACAAACCUGGAGGACCCUGGAGCACAGAGGAGAAUGGUUUCUCAUCUGUCACGGAUGGGCGGAGCCACCGUGGAUGAUGCUGUGCGGCGGCUCAUGCAGGCUGUGCUCUCAUUUGCUGUGGGCUCAGAGCUCAACUGGGUUGGCAGAGGGCAGAAGAGAAGCUUCAGGAACACUCGCCUCCAGGGGGUCCUCUUUCGGGCUUUGAAGCGAACUCCAGUUGGUAAGGAGGCCACACACCACCAGUUUGCAGAUGUGGUGAAGAAAUGGCUCAGGUUUGCCCCCUUCAGACAGGGAGGAAGUGGACGGCGACAUUACAGACCCCCUUCUGUUGAGUUUCCCCCUUCCUAAAGCGUUACUGUCCUCAGAAACGGGUAGCCAUUAAGAAUCAGAUUUCUCAAACGUAUUUCUCUGCUUCAGUGUUGUAAAAUGUUUUUAAAAAUAAUUUUUUGUUGGUAAUUUUUUGAUGUCCAAAAAACAUGGUUAUUGGCCUGAACUAAAUGCAGAUUGAUACAACUGUAUAUAGAGACUUCAUAAAUACUUUAUACAGUAGAGGGUGGCAAACAGUUAGUUAAGCCUUUACAUGUACUGGAGUAAGCACCAAAGUACUGUUGGUUAAGUUGUUUUUGUUGUAUGAAUGAGUUCUCAAAUUAUUUCUAAUUUCUGAACUGUAAUAUGUGAAAACCUCUAUUAACUUUACAGAGUGGUUUUAAUGAGGAUCACUUGAUAUCAACCUGCUGAAUGUGAGUAAAUACAUGUAGAUCAGUGCAACUUUAUUUAGUUUUAAAUGGUGACAUUUUUCACAAUUUCUCUGACAUCCCUUCAUAUCACCAAAAACUUGGUGUGAUGGCAAAUGCAUCAAUAAAUGAGAUACUGUGUAUACUAUAUAAUAAUUUAUAUGUAGAGAGGUUGUACAGUAUAAAGAAAAGCUGUCUUGGGCUAUGCUCAAAUUUAGCUGAAAAAUAACUAUUUGAAAUGUUACAAGUGAUGAAGAAGAAACUCUGUGAUGACAAGUGGCAGUUUUGGAGCUAUAAAUACUGAUAUGCAGUGUUAAGAUAUGAUCGCUCUGGGCCCUUGGUGACUCACCAAGUAGAUGGUGGACCAAAUAGGCUAUCCUUACUGCAGUAGCCUGGGUUCAGUUUCAGCCAGGAGCUGUAUGUCAUCCCAUCUUUCCCCUGACUUUCCUGCUUUUCUAAAACUGUUACUAUCCAAAAUAAAGCAGAAAAUGCACAAAUAUCUUCACGAACUGAUCGCUUUAUUAUUCCUUCUCUUACCAGAGAUUAAAAUAUACAGCUGAUACAGAUGUUAUUUUAAUCAAUUAAUAGCAAACAAUGGUGUUGAGCCAGGGAAGUA